CUUUCACCUCCUUUUCAUCAAACAAAACCCUAAUUUCAAACACACCCCACAUGGCCUUUUUGUAAUUUACCUCUCAAGGCUUUUCAUCUUUUCUCCUUUCUUUCCCAUCUUCAUCACCUCUUCCCUAGCCAGUUCUAUUAUAUCAUAAACAAGAUCUAUUCCCCCAUCUCCUCUUCUUUUCUCUUCUUUUCAUACAAAAUAAAUUCCUUUUUCUCCAUCUAAAAGACAGCCUAGGAAAAGAUCUUAGCUUCUAAAGAUAUUGUUCUCUUUUCAAAAGCUUCUUCUCAGAAUUAGAAAUUUUUCACAGCUUCUUCUCAUCACUUCCAUAACCUUUUUUUAUUUUUUUUCCUAUUUUCACUAUUUUCAAUCCCUUUUUAUAACCACUUUUUUUUGUUCAGCUUUUGUCUCAUCUACUUUUGCUUAAUUUACAAGCUAUGGAUUCUGGUAAUAGUGGAAGCAUUUCUUCAAGUGGUGAUGAAGAAUAUGAUUCAAGAACUCAUCACCAAACACUUGUUCCUUCAAAUUUCUUCCAUCCACAAUCUAAUCUUCAAUUCAAUUCCAUCUCACACAAUCCACAAUUGUUUCAUCUUGGAUCAAACUCAAUCUCAAACUCAAACUCAGUUUCUUUCUUUGAUCUUUCACCAAACUACCUUCAAAAUCUCUCUCAAUCCCAACCAAACAUAGACACAUCUUCAUUUCCUCCAUCAUCUCAAGGACUUUCAUCACCAUCAUCAUUAUCAUUUUCCUUACAACAACAACAACAACAUUUGAACCAAUGUUUGUUAACAACUCCACAAACUCUUGGACUUCAUGACAACAAUAAUGCAAGAACAACAACACCGUCACCGGCGACAACAACAACAGCCAAUAAUGCAACAAGAAACUCAAAGAAGAGAACAAGAGCUUCAAGAAGAGCACCCACAACAGUUCUAACAACCGACACAUCGAAUUUCAGAGCCAUGGUUCAAGAAUUCACAGGUAUCCCUGCACCACCUUUUUCAGGUUCUUCUUAUUCUCGCCGUCUUGAUCUUCUCACUUCAUCGUCUUCUUUAAGAUCAACUCACUUCGAUCCAACAUCAACAACGUCUUCUUUUUACCCUCUCCGUCCUUCACCACAAAAACUUUAUCAUCAAAAUCCAUUGUUUUUAUCUUCAUCUUCAUCCUCAUCGCAUAACAACAACAUGGUUGAUGCAACUGUCAACAACAAUUAUCCACAACAACAGCUACCAAUAUCUGAUUUGGGUUUACCUUAUAACAACCAUCAUCAACAUCAACAACAACAACAUAACUUCAUGCUUAGCAUGCAAAAUCAACAACCUAUUCAUACAUUCAACAACCUCUCCGCAUCGUCUUCGCAGCAGUUUCAUCCUUUUAGUCUAGAAGCGUUUGGUGCAAAAUCACAACAUCAACAACAACAACAACAACAACAAAGUUUAUCAGUACAAUCUCUUGAAGAUCUUGGUGUGAAUCAAGGACAAGUAAAUGCACAUCUAGUUGGUGAUAAAGUUGUUGGUUCUUCUUCUACAGGUGAUGGUGUUGGUGUUGGUGUGGGUGGGGGUGUAGGUAGUAAUUGUAAGGUAAACUUUUCAGGUUCUGGAUCAAUUACGUUAAACCAUGAAAAGACAAUGGAGAAUAAUAAUAAUAAUGAUAAUAGUAAUAAUAGUAAUAGAGGAGGAGAAGGUGUUGAUUCGUGGAUUUGUUCUUCUGAUUAGGAAUAUUUUGUAAGAUUGGUGAUGAGACUAAACUGGUACACAGAAAACUUUGUUAUGAUUACAGAGAGGAAUAGGAUGCUGCAAUGAAUAUUAAGAUUAUUAUCAUCAUGAUGUUGAUCAUAGUGGGGUGUUGUUGGUGGUUACAAUUUGCAGCUAACAAUUCUUCUUCUUCUUUUUACUAUUUCUUUUCUUUUUUUUUUGUUUUGUUUUAAAUUUAUAUAUGACUAGUCAUCAUUAUAAAAUCAAUUUGAUCAUGUAUGAUAGAUUUGUAAAUUGUUUAAUGUUGAAUACUCUUUUUUAAUUUUUUAGUACUCGAUGACCAAAUGAUCUUUAAUGUUAUAUGAUUGUAUGUAUGAUUAGCAUUUUAUUGUAAAUGUAUAAUAAGGCAGAUGGUAAAUAAAAUCAUCUCGUAUAAAUCAAUUAUGUAGAUUAAUCAUAACAAAAUUUUACUUAUUGUUUAACUGUAAAAAUUUAAUUGCGUGCGAAAGUCGGUCUAACAUUCUCUCAAAGAUAGUUUUGAUUAAGAAGUAUGGUUAAGCUGCCCAACAAAGACAAAAAUAGAAUAAAUAAUGAUUUUUAUGGUGAAAUUUCAA